GACGUGUCCCCACACAGAGUAAACGGUUUCUGUCGGAGGGAGGAGUGUAGUGUCGGUUUACAUCGCAUGAUUUGUCACAUCCUUCACAAUUCGCCUUCUGACAUUCUUCUUUAUGGUGGACCAAGAAGAAUGGUGGAAAUCAUUUCUAUGUCACGUGAUGCAGAUACGGCCAACAUUUCGGGAGCUGGGUGCUGCGGAUCCACGAAAAUUCAAGACAAUGAACCCUCACCAGUUGCCGGCAUUCACAAUGCAUACCAAGUAUCGAUGGAAACCUGGAAGAAAAUUGAAGUUCCAACUCCCUUUACCGUAUCUACCAUUUCUGAGGAGCAUAUGGAGGUAAUUCUGAGUCAAUGGAAGCACAAAGACGGUCUUAGUGAUGCCAGGGAUUAUUUUACAACCAUGGCUACGUCUCUGGAAUCCGUGUGUAUACUAAACGAGAAGGGACAGCCUGUGGCCUGGGGGUUUGAACAACAUUACGGAGCCAUCGGGAUCGUCCACGUCUUACCAGAGUAUCGUAGAAAGAAACUGGGCAGUGCAGUAGUCUCUCUUUUGUCGGAGAAACUCCUGCAGAAACACGACUUUGUAUACUCCGCUAUUGCAGCAGACAACACGGCUUCAAUCGUGAUGCACAGGUAUGUUGGAUACGAAGAAUGUAAUGCAGACCCUGAAUCAGUCUUCAACUGGUUUAUGUAUGAGAAAGACAAAAAGAAACAAUGAACAAUAAUCACUAUUGAAGAGGUUACCCAUUAAAAAGGCACACUU